AUGGAUGAGGCACAGCCGGAGAGCGGUCCCGCGAAUCUGCCGCUGGAAUUGCAGGCAUUGGUCGAUUUCCUCCAUGUCGACACACGACCAACAGCCAUUCUCCACGUCGCCGCCAGUACACCGAGAGAUGACAGCGUCGAAUACCGCGCUAUCUACAGCAACCCAUCCUUCCGCGACCUCCCCUCGCCCCCGCACGAGCUCGACGAUCUGCGGCAAGCCUUGUCACGAACGUUGUAUCCACCAUACCCGCUCCAAUCGCUACAUGGUGCACUGCUGGACGGCAAGAGAUGGCAAGUGAGAGUCUCAGGCGAGUACUACAUCGCCGUCGCUGCAGAAGGCAGACGAGCCGCGGGGAGAGCUGAGCCGAUCGAGCAGGACAAAUUUGGCAAACAACGUGUGCAGGUCCACGUAAAGGGACCGGGACAGACAAAUGGCGUGGGUGGUGAGGUUGCGACCGAGGAAGUGCAGCAAUCUCUAGACUGGACGCAACACAAGACAGCAGACGCAUCUCCCUGGAUCAAAUUCAUGCGGAGUGUCGAUUGGGCUUCUACUGGCGUUGGGCCCAUGGAAUUUUGGGAGCCAACGCUGCGUCAACGGGUACUGGCAAUCACUGCUCAUCCGCAUCCUCGUCUGAUUGUCUUUGGGGAGGGCAUGACGUUCAUCUACAACGAGGCCUGCGUCCAGCUUUUCGGAGCCAAACACCCUGGUUGCAUGGGUGCACACGUGUCUCAGCCAUGGUCAGAAAUCUGGACAGACCUGAAACCUAUGCUAGAGGCAGUUUACAGUGGACAAUCGACACAGCUAUCGAAUCUUCCUUUUGCAUUGGAGAGGAAUGGCUUCCUCGAGGAGACGUACUGGGAUUCGACAUUGACUCCAAUAUUCAGCCCCGAAGGCAAUGGCAUUGGGGUCUUCGACGAGCUGACUGAGACCACUCUUUCCGUCACAGAUAAGAGGCGGCGAGCUUGUGUUUCCAGCCUCUGUAGACUUGCAAAAUCUUGUUCUACUCUACAGGACCUGUGGGCUGCCGUUCUACAGGUUAUCGAGGGCGCGGAGGUAGACAUUCCCUUCGCACUGCUCUACACGGUGCUGGACGAUCUUCCAAACACCGGCUCUGAGAAAACGGUAGGCUCUCGUCGUGUUAAGUCUGCAAGGCUGGCCGGCAAAGUUGGAAUACCCCAAGGUCAUCCCGAUCUGAUCACUUCGUUCGAGCUUUCACCGAAUUCCAGUCCUCCCGGGCUUGCUUCAGCUUGCGCACAGUCGUGGCAAUCCGGUGGCACAGUGGUCGUGUCCACCAGAGAGGGGUCCCUCCCGGCAGCUCUCGGGUCAGCUGCACCGCAAAGAAGCUUUGGCGAUCCAGUCACGACGGCUUUGGUCUCUCCUAUCAAGUCAACGACCGCAGACGACAUCAUAGGCGUUCUAGUCACUGGCUUAAACCCUCGUUGCGCCUUCAUCGACGAGUAUAGUCUGUUCAUGACACUAUUCUCAGAUCUCAUAGAAAAGACGGCCGCCCUCAUAUCGUUGCCGGAAGAGCAGCGGCGAUCUCAGCUGAUUGCGGAUGAUAUCAACAACGCGCUGGCUAUGCAGCUCAAAAUGACGACGUUGAAGGCGGAGCGUAGCGAGGCCAAAUUCUCUCGAUUGGCAUCGGCCGCUCCUACGGGCAUGUUUAUGUUCGAUGCUGAAGGCAGAGCGUUGUAUGUGAAUGAUACAUAUCUCGAGAUGCUCGAUCGCACAGAAAAAGACCACAAUGCCAGGCGCCCUGAUACACUUUCGUGGCAAGACGAUAUUCAUGAGGAUGAUCUGGAGCGGUUCGUGGCGACUUGGAAACGUGUGACAGAAGAGAAGGUGCCUGUCACGAUUGAAUAUCGACUCAAGAAACCUUGGAGGUCCAUCGACAGAGCACUUGGACACGAGAUAGAGGGAGAGACGUGGCUCUUGGCUACUGCAUUUCCAGAGGUUGAGCCCGACGGCAAGGUCACUACUGUGCAAGGCUGGCUUACAGACAUCUCGCACCGAAAGUUCUCAGAGAAUCUUGUUGCUCAGAGACUCGAAGAUGCUUUGGAAAACAAACGGCAGACCGAGAACUUCAUCGACAUGACCAGUCACGAAAUGCGCAAUCCUCUCAGUGCGAUGCUGCAGAGCGCGGAUUCCAUCGUCUCCACGUUGACCUCGCUCGGCAUGCCCAUUUCGGACGAGGGAAUAACCUUGCCUGCUCAGACAGCUGAAGAUAUUGUCGACGCCGCUCAGACCGUGAUCCUGUGUGCUCAGCACCAGAAGCGAAUUGUCGACGAUGUUCUGACUUUGUCGAAGCUCGACGCAAGCCUAUUAGUGAUCUCGCCUGACAAGGUGCAGGUUCCGACGCUGAUCACCAAGGCACUGAAGAUGUACGAAGCCGAGAUCGAACGGGCCGGCAUCGAGGCACAACUCUGCAUCGAGCCUUCAUACGAAGAGCUGGGUGUGGACUGGGUGGUUCUCGAUCCCAGCCGGCUGCUGCAGGUCAUCAUCAACCUACUCACCAAUUCGAUCAAGUUCACACAGUACAGCGACGUCCGCAAAGUCAAAGUAUUUCUUGGCGCUUCACAUCAGAAGCCGACAGGACAACAUCACGGUAUAUCAUUCGUUCCGCCACGUAGAAACCGUGCGAGCCGCAAAUCACGGCGAGAUCAAAGUCGAGGAGACGAGAUCUACCUGCAAAUUGCUGUCUAUGACACUGGGAAGGGCCUCAGCGAUGAAGAGAUGAAGUCACUAUUCCAGCGCUUCCAGCAAGCCAGUCCAAAGACCUAUGGCCAAUACGGAGGUAGCGGCCUAGGUCUGUUCAUCUCCCGCGAGCUGUGCGAACUGCAGGGUGGCCAGAUCGGAGUAGCAAGCUCAGAAGGACGAACAAUCUUCACUUUUUUUGUAACAGCAAGAAAGUGGUUAUCUGAGGAGGAUGAGCGAACUCGCAAACCAAGCAUCGUCAGCGGCAGUCGUUUCACGAGCGCCUCAAACAGCCCAGUGGCCUUCAGUCGGAGAGGCAGUGUCCAGAUGCAGGAGUUGACGAACCAGAUGACACACGAGAAAGCUGAAGACGGCAGUACAGUCGAAGAGUUCCACCCUCUUACACGCAACCCCUCCAAUGCGAAAACUCAGAAGCCUCUGGAGAAGAUCUCGGAGAAACCGAAAGCGAAGGCCUCGGUGGAACAGGAAUUGCAUGUCUUGAUUGUGGAGGACAAUCUCAUUAAUCAGAAGGUUUUAUCUCAGCAACUCCGACGAGCUGGGUGCACAGUAUACGUCGCCAAUCACGGCGUCGAAUGCCUGGAGUUUUUGGAAAAAUCACAUUUUUGCACGGCGGAGACGCCACUUUCUCUUAUUCUUUUGGAUCUUGAAAUGCCCACAAUGGAUGGCCUGACUUGUAUUCGGCAUAUCAGAGAGCGACAGGCUAGCGGCAGGAUUACUGGCCAUGUACCUGUCAUUGCUGUUACCGCGAAUGCCCGAUCGGAGCAGAUAUCUGAAGCUAUUGAGGCUGGCAUGGACCAGGUCGUCACCAAGCCUUUCAGGAUUCCGGAGCUGGUACCACAGAUGGAGACCCUUGUGGCUGAGGUUGCCGCCCACGCUGUUGUAAACGCUACUUGA